AUGGUGCUCGAAAGUACUAUGGUCUGUGUGGACAACAGCGAAUACAUGCGAAAUGGCGACUUUCUACCGACAAGGCUUCAAGCACAACAAGACGCAGUCAACAUUGUGUGUCACUCCAAAACACGCAGCAACCCUGAGAACAACGUGGGCCUCAUCACUAUGGCCAAUAAUUGUGAGGUGUUAACCACACUGACACCCGACUCUGGACGCAUCCUGUCCAAGCUUCACGCCGUCCAGCCCAGAGGAAAUAUCUGCUUCUGCACGGGCAUUCGUGUGGCUCACCUGGCCUUAAAGCAUCGCCAGGGUAAAAACCACAAGAUGAGGAUCAUUGCCUUUGUGGGAAGCCCCGUGGAGGACAACGAAAAGGAACUCGUCAAAAUGGCGAAACGAUUGAAAAAGGAGAAAGUGAAUGUGGAUAUUAUUAACUUUGGAGAAGAGGAGUUGAAUACAGAGAAGCUGACAGCUUUCAUCAACACGCUGAAUGGCAAGGAGGGUGCGGGCUCUCACCUGGUCACGGUUCCGCCGGGGCCCAGCUUGGCCGACGCCCUUCUCUCCUCUCCCAUCCUGGCAGGAGAAGGUGGCUCCAUGAUGGGCCUCGGUGCCAGCGACUUCGAGUUCGGUGUGGACCCCAGUGCUGACCCAGAACUUGCCCUGGCCUUGCGUGUAUCCAUGGAAGAGCAGCGCCAGAGGCAGGAAGAGGAGACCCGCAGAGCAGCGGCCGCAUCGGUGGCGGAGGGCAGUGUACCCAUGCCCGCUGCAGAUGAAUCAGAGGAGGCUUUACUGAAAAUGUCAGUCUCUCAGCCUGAGACGGGUGCAGCUGUGAUACCUGACUUCAGCAGCAUGACUGAAGAGGAGCAGAUCGCUUACGCCAUGCAGAUGUCUCUCGCCGGAGGAGAAUAUAGUGAAAUGGAUACAGGUGUUCCUAUGGAGGCGACGGACUCUGUGAAGGAGGAAGAUGACUAUGAUGUGAUGCAGGACCCAGAGUUCCUGCAAAGCGUCCUGGAGAACCUGCCCGGCGUGGACCCAAACAACGAAGCCAUCCGCAAUGCCAUGGGCUCCCUUGCCUCCCAAACGGGCAACAAGCCUGAUGGCAAAAAAGAUGAUGAGAAGAAAAAAUAA